UCUUUCUCGUCACAGAUUCAUCGUUUACUCCUAGCAAAUCAUCCCUUUAACCCUAAUUACUGUUCAGGAUCUCUGCUGCCAUGACUACCGCCGCCUUAGAAGUGCCGGCACCGGCGAAGACUAAGGCGUCCAAAGGUCCAAACUCGAAGAAAACAACCACCGCUGUGAAGAAGCCUCGGUCUCACCCUCCUUAUAGUGAGAUGAUUAAGGAAGCCAUAAUGGUGUUGAAGGAGAGGACUGGUUCUAGUCGGAUUGCUAUCGCGAAGUUCAUCGAGGAGAAGCAGAAGCCUAAUCUACCACCGAAUUUCAAGAAGCUUUUGCUUGUCCAGUUGAAGAAACUCGUCGCUGCAGAGAAACUCAUCAAGGUCAAGAACUCCUUCAAGCUUCCCCCAAAGUCUACUGCUACUAGUGAUGCCAAGAAUUCUGCUCCGGCAAAGCCAAAAACCGCUUCUAAGGCAAGGACAAAAGCCGAUCCCAAGGCAAAGGCUGAGGCUAAGCCAAAAACUGGUUCCAAGGCGAAGAUUGAGGUUAAGGCGAAAGCUGAUCCCAAGCCGAAGGUUGUGGCAAAAGCCAAAGUUGAUUUGAUGCCCAAAUUGGGUAAGAGGAAGGCGGAGGAGGUGAAGUCACCGGUGAAGAAGGUAAAGAAGACAACACUUAAGGGGGCAAAGAAGCCCAAAAGCAUAAAGUCUCCGGUCAAGAAGGUGAAGAAGAAUUGAUGUUGUAAAUUAGUUGUUGAGUAUGGUUAUGCUUGAGUGUUGAUGGAAUGCAGUGUAGUCCAGAUUUCUCGUUUUAUUUUCUAGGGAAAAUUUUCCAAUUCUAGCUGUUUAUAAAGUUCCUUCUACACAGAAAUGCAAUUGGUGUUGAAUCAAA